ACAUCAGCUAACAAAGCAAAGCUCAUCAGCUGUAAAGUACCAGGAAUCUUCCCAGCCGUCAGAAGCAGCCAAAAUGGUUGUCGAAGUAUGCAGCAACCGUGUGAAGUACACGGAAGACUUCAUCGAAUCCGACUAUUCGUAUCAGACGACGCAGGUCCGGAAAGAUGGAGACACCGUCAAGUGCAUUCCAGUGACCAAGGAGUUCGUAUUCCGCACCGCCCGGAAAGUGCCGAAAACUUGUAUGGCUCUCGUAGGGUGGGGAGGAAAUAACGGCUCCACUGUGACCGCGAUGGUUCUCGCCAACCGCGCCAAGCUCCAAUGGAACACGAAGGAGGGCGUGAAGAAAGCCAAUUAUUGGGGGAGCAUCACCCAGGCGGCGACCGUCAGCAUGGGAACUGAUGUUCUCGGCAACGAGGUUUAUGUCCCCAUGAAGGACAUUGUACCCAUGCUCAACCCGGACGACGUCGUUCUCGAUGGAUGGGACAUCUCAUCGAUGAACCUCGGCGACGCGAUGAAACGCGCCAAAGUCCUGGAAUACGACGUCCAGCGUCAGCUCUACGAUCAGAUGAAAAACAUGGUGCCCCGCAAAAGCGUGUACGAUCCUGAUUUCAUCGCAGCGAACCAAGAAGCGCGCGCCGAUAAUGUCUAUGUCGGACUCACGAAAAAGGAGGAGCUGGAGAAGAUCCGCGAGGAUUUGCGUGACAUGAAGAAGAAGUGUGCCAACGUCAUCGUGCUUUGGACAGCGAACACGGAGCGUUUCAGCUCACUGGAGGCUGGACUCAACGAUACCGCCAGCAAUCUGCUGGCCGCAAUCGACAGGAACGAAGCGGAAAUCUCUCCCUCGACUCUGUACGCUGUGGCUUGUGUCCUCGAGGGCAUCACUUACAUCAACGGCUCACCACAGAACACAUUCGUUCCCGGCCUGAUUGAGCUCGCCGAGCAGAAGAAGGUGUACAUUGCUGGCGACGAUUUCAAAUCUGGUCAGACGAAACUGAAGUCUGUCCUAGUUGACUUCCUGGUCGGCGCUGGUAUCAAACCGGUAUCGAUCGUCAGCUACAACCAUCUCGGCAACAACGACGGUUUCAAUCUCUCGGCCCCCGCCCAAUUCCGAUCGAAGGAGAUCUCAAAAUCGAACGUCGUCGAUGACAUGGUCGAGAGCAACGACCUUCUCUACGCCGCCGGAGAGAAACCCGAUCACUGCGUCGUGAUCAAGUACGUUCCCUACGUCGGGGACAGCAAACGUGCCAUGGACGAGUACACUUCGGAGCUCGCAAUGGGUGGCAGGAACACGAUUGUGGUUCACAACACCUGUGAAGACUCACUCCUAGCAGCUCCGAUCAUUUUCGACUUGGUGAUCAUCGCUGAACUCUGCCAGCGAAUCCAAAUGAAGCUGAAGCACCAGACCCACUUCUCCGGCUUCGACUCUGUGCUCAGUCUUCUGAGCUAUCUCUGCAAGGCCCCUCUGGUACCGAAGAACACGCCUGUGGUCAACGCUCUGUUCAAACAAAGGUGUUGCAUCGAGAACGUGCUGCGCGCCUGUGUCGGUCUGGCCCCCAACAACAACAUGCUCCUCGAACACAAGCUGCAAGCGGAGGUUCGUUCUGAAUUCCACAAACAGGUCACCGAAGAACUUUCCGCUGCGAAAAUUGCUCCGAUCAAAACUGUGUCCAGGGACGUUGCUGCUGUGAGGACUGCUUGAUCGGCUAGACGUGAAUGGUUUGGAACCUAGGAAACUGAGUAUUAAGCAUCAGAGAAGACUCUCUCGUUCCUGACUUCAGGAAUUUCAAACUUUCGCUCAUCUUCCACGGGAAAUGUAGAAUAUGAGAGACAGUAGUCAGAUUUAGCUGAGCACUAUGUAUUUUGAACUCGUUGCUGUGAAAUAUUGUGAAAAUGACAGAAAUAAAUAUUACGGAGCUGUUGGAGC